UGAAAACAGGAAAAAAAAUCUGACUUGGUCUGCGUGAACUACGUGCUUUAUAACGCAUACUUUUGCAGGACACACGCAGAAAUCGGAGAUACAGAUACAGUCCGUGGUGUCUCAGGCUAUAGUGGAUGAUGGCCAAACUGUUCCGAGCUGUGAUCAUGGGUCCACCAGGUUCUGGGAAGGGGACCAUAUCUGAAAGAAUUGCGCAGAGCUUUGGCCUCAAACAUCUGUCCAGUGGCGACUUUCUUCGGGAGAAUAUAGCUGCAAAUACAGAGGCCGGUGUUCUAGCUAAGACCUACAUAGAGAGGGGUCUGAUGGUGCCGGACCAUGUGAUGACACGGCUCUUACUGCCCAGGCUGGAGGAGAUGACCCGCCACAGCUGGCUGAUGGAUGGGUUUCCCUGUACCCUAGCCCAGGCCAAGGCUCUGAACAGUACCUGUGAUCUGGAUCUGGUCAUCAGCCUCAACAUCCCUUAUGAGACCCUGAAGGACCGACUGAGUGACCGCUGGAUCCACCCAGCCAGUGGCAGGGUCUACAACAUGGGCUUCAACCCUCCACACGUACAGGGCAGGGAUGACCUCAGCGGAGAGCCUCUGAUCCAGCAUGAUAAUGACCAACCAGAGGCUCUAGUGGCCAGACUGAGGCACUACAAGGACGUGGCCAAGCCAGUCAUAGACCUGUACAAGUCAAAGGGCAUCCUGCACAUGUUCUCUGGCACAGAGACCGACAGGAUCUGGCCUUACAUCAACUCUCUUCUCAGCACUAAGAUCCCUAGCAGACCUGAGACAGACACACAGCACAUCCCACUGCCCUGAGCGGAGCAGAGGUGACACAGUAGAAGUGCAGGCCGUGCACAGGAGCUGUUAGGAACCCCUUUAGCUUGGCAGUUGCUACCAAAACAUGUCUGCAAAUACAAUCUUAUGCACUACAUACAGUUGAAGUCGGAAGUUUACAUACACUUAGGUUGGAGUCAUUA